ACAGCAGUUGCUUACUUACUGUGUCAGCAAUACGUCGGAAAGAAAAAGCAUGCUCCGUAACCCACAUUUCAAAGGUCACAGCUCUACUGCUCCAGGCUUCUGAAAACCACAGCUCAAGCCAGCAUCAUGUCUGGGUUGAAGAUUUGGACUGUUUGGCUGGUUAUACUAUACCAUUUCUGUCAAAGAUGUAUCCCAAGUGGAAUUUCAACCCAUGUUGAAAUAGCCCAUAGAGCUCUGGAAUUUUUCAUUAAGCAUGAAGGGAAUGUUAAUUAUAGACAGUUAUUACUAAACCACCAAGAUGCAUUUCAGGCUGGGAGCACUUAUCCUGAUGCUUUUUAUCCCUCCAUCUGCAAAAGUGGCAUAUUCCAUGAUGUGUCUGAAGACACUCACUGGUCACCAUUUCUCAAUGCAAGUAUUCAGUACAUCAGAAGGAAUUAUCCUCAGCCUUGGGAAGAGGCUACAGAGAAGCUGGUGGCUUUUCUGUUUGGAAUUGCCUCACAUAUGGUGGCAGAUGUUAGCUGGCAUAGCCUGGGCAUCGACCAAGGAUUUCUAAAGGCCAUGGGAGAGAUUGAUUUUCGUGGUUCAUACUCAGAAGCUCACAAUGCUGGUGAUUUUGGAGGAGAUGUACUGAGUCAGUUUGAGCUGGACUUCAGUUAUCUGGCAUCAAGUUGGUAUGUACCUGCCAAAGAUCUAGCAGCUAUCUACAAGGAGUUUUAUGGAAGAGAGAUCAUAACAGAAAGCACAAUUACUGACUGUACUUACCUGCUAUUUCUUGAGCUGCAUGGAGAAAGGCUUGCUGUUGGCAAGCUUUUUCCAACAUAUGCUAGUAAAUCUCCAUUCCUGGUGGACAAAUUCCAUGAGUAUUUCCUCGGUGGAGUGGAUGACAUGGCAUUCUGGACGAACAACAUUUUUGAGCUGACGGGUCAUAUGCUAGAUAAUGGAACCAGUGGCUGCUUCGUGCCUGAGAACCCUCUGUUUAUUAACUGCACAAGGAAGCAGAAGGACAGCUACGUCAGAAACAAACAGUCAAAACAUGAAUGUCGCAAGAAUACAACUUCUUUGCUUACGAAAACACUUGAAAAGAAUAUAAAUUAUACAGAGAGAGGAGUUCACUUCAACAUACAAUCUUGGGCAACAAAUUCCCUCCGCUUGAUAAAUCGUGCUUUUACAACCAGUGUCUGGAGAGCGUUAGCAGCUACACAUCAGAAAUCUUCAAAGCACAUCUCCAAGCCAGCAGCUUCAUAUUUUCUGACUUCACCCUAUGCUAGACUUGGAUGGGCAAUGAUCUCAGCUGACGUAAACCAGGAUGGAUAUGAAGAUCUGGUGGUUGGAGCACCAGGGUACAGCAUGUUGGGCCGCGUUCAGAUAGGAAGGGUGUAUGUGGUGUAUGGCAACCAGUCAGGUUUGCCACGAGAGGACAUGGAUCUAGAUGGGAAAGCAGACCAAAUACUACAGGGUCAUCAGCCUUCAGGAAGGUUUGGUUCUGCCUUGGCAGUCCUGGACUUCAAUGAAGAUGGAAUGCCAGAUCUGGCAGUGGGAGCACCUUCUGUGGGAUCUCAGUUUCUUACUUACAAAGGUGGUGUGUAUGUCUAUUUUGGCACUGAGGGAAGAGGCUUGUCAACUCAACCAAACAUUACCAUAGCUUGUCAGUAUUCCUACUGUAAUCUUGGUUGGUCCCUCCUGGCAGCUGAUGUUGAUGGUGAUGGAAAUGCUGAUCUUGUUGUGGGCUCCCCAUAUGCACCUGGUGGUGGGCAGCAGAGGGGAUUUGUGAUUGCAUUUUACUCUGAUUUCAACAGGAAUGAACAAGAACUUCUGUCAGUAGAGGAUGCCAACUGGAUGGUGGAGGGGGAAGAAAACUACGCUUGGUUUGGAUUUUCACUUGACAGCUGCCAGCUGGAAAACAUAACGUUGCUGCUGAUUGGUAGCCCUACGUGGAAAAGUUGUGCUGGUUCAAGCUGCAAUCCCAUCUCAUUGGAUGCCCGACAGAGUGUUGGGAAGGUGUACGGGUAUAAUCCACCAAGCACCAACCUCUCGUUUGCGGUAACUGGACACAAGGCGAUGGGCAGAAUGGGUUUGUCUAUGGCCAGUGGUGUGAUGUCUGUGACUGGGGUCACAAGGAUGGUUUUGGCGGUGGGCACACCUACUGCAGAUAGCCUAUCUCGAAUUUCAUUUAUGUCCUCAGUGCUGCACCAGGCUGGACUGGUUCUGCUGUAUGAUCUGACAGAUAACACCACCCCUUCUUUGCUCAGUACAUUCAGUGGGGACAGGAGAUUUUCUCGCUUUGGAGGAGAUGUAUAUCUAAGUGACCUGGAUAAUGAUGGACUAGAUGAAAUGAUUGUGACAUCCCCCCUGCGAACCAACAGUUUCACCACAAUACUGUUUGGUGGGGCAGCUGGCCGUGUUUACAUUUACAAUGGAAAGCAGGCAUCCUCAGGGAAUGUGACAGGCCAAUGCAAAUCAUGGAUAUCUCCGUGUCCUGAAGACUGGGCACAGUAUGUCCUGACUUCUCCUGAAGAGCUAUCACGAUUUGGGAGUUCUGUUGUCACUGUGAAAUCUGAAAGAAAGAAAGAAGUUGUAGUGGCAGCAGAAAGAAGUUCGGCAAAAGCCCGACUUGGUGGAAGGCUCUUUGUCUACUCAUUCUAGAAGCUCAUGGUAACCUAUGGUACCUUCCUUAACCCAUACAAACCAACAGACCGCAUGACAGCACACUUUUGAUAGAUAGCAUUAAGGGAGGGAGGGAGGGAUGCUGACUGGUUUUAGGUGCAGGGGAAUAUAAGCAUGCAUGGUGGUUUGAUUUACAAACCUACCAAAAUCGUGUCAGUGGGGUAAAAGCACAAUUUGAUUCUGUUAUGAAUAGCAGCAUCACUUAACCUAGAAUAAGCAAGGUGGCCUGUAAAACGUUUACAGGUCAAAAUGAGCAGAAGGCUAGAUUUUGGUAGUAAGAUUUGGCUAUAAGCAAUGCUCAGCAGUCACCUCUACUUGUUCGCCUGUCCGUAGCAAGUCUUCAGGCCCAGUCAGGGCACAGAACACCCAGGAUCUUCCAGGGACAAAAGCACAAGCACUACUGAUGACGUUUAUAGAAAAUGCUUUUGCUAUCACACUCAUGGCUGAGACCACUCUGACACCCUUUCUUAUAUUUUCAUGUAAAAUACCAUGACAAUGGUAUUUAUUGUUAACAGUAUUAUCUUCAAGUAAUUAUUAUUAUUGUUAACAGUAUUAUCUUCAAGUAAUUUAAACUAAUUUUGUACAAUGCAGGUUUAAUAGUGUCCAAAUUAUAUAUUAAACAGCUUGAGCAGCAGGAUGUGAUGCUAUUAUUACCGACAGUGGUCUGUAGACAUAUGCAUAGAAAUAUUUUUCUUUCUUGCCUACUCCACAAACAUAAAGCACUAUUUUUGUUUUAAAUCACACAAGUCAGUGGAAUAGCACAGAACUCUAAAGAUCAUACUCGAACAUGACACACUGCAACUGACAUUCUUAGGUCUCACUUGGAGGUUGUUUUAAAAAAUAACAAAAACAAGACAAAAUUAGCUUGAUGUAUAAUGUACCCUGACCAGUGUUUCACUGACUUUACUUGUCCAAAACCUGAACACUUACUGGAAAAAAAGUUAAAAAUCUGAACUUUAUGAGAGAGGUAACUGGAUGGAACUGGGAGCACAAUAUUUACCUCAAAUCUGUGAGCUGUUGUGCGAGGCAAAACAAGCAGUAUUAUUUAUACGGGCAGAAUAAACAGUUUUCAAAAGAAAAUUGAUGAAACCAGUAUCGCCUAUAGCAAUUCCAUUUUGAACAUGCAGUCUCCACUGGCUUUGGCAUUUUCUGUGUAUGAUCUCAAGACUAAUUUUAUUGCACGUGAAUGCAUUUUGAUUAUUUGAACUGUAGGAAACCCAUUAAACAUUUGUGUGUGUCCAUAGAAAGAAAAGCAGUCUUACAAAAGAUGUGGCUUUCUCUCAGUGAUUUUAUUGCAGUUUAAGUCAGUUAUGUACAGGAAACUGAGUCAACAGAGUUCCCAGAAACCUCUCUGUACAAAAGACAGAGCGUGGAAAGCUUAUGCGAAAGCUUCACCAACAGCUGCAGCAACACAAUUCAAUCCUGGCCUAAUGCAACUGCAAUUUGGUUGAAAACACUAGCAUACAUAUCCCUUCACAUAAGAACAAAUACCCUUUAAUCACUCCAGUCCCAUCGGGUUUGUCAGCCAAGGUCUGUGAGCCACUGGUUUUUCCACUGCAUUGUUCAGUUCAGAGGUUUUUCCAUCUCUACCUGCCAAGAAAAAAAGCUGCCAAAAAAACCAGCUAAAAACCUCAAAACCAUUAUAAACUCCAUUAAUUUUCUCACCUUCUCAUGCCUUUUAUAUCUGUAGCUGAAGUCCCAUAGAGAGCAAGAAUACCUGUUUGAACAUAAUUAUGUACAAUGCAUUUUAACCAAACUAGGAUCACAGGCCGGCAUAAUUAUAAUUUCUGUACCUUUUUAUGUCCAUUUUUAACUUUCCAGUCCUGAGUAAAAAUGUGCACAGCUACAGUUCUUGUCUUUUCAACCCCUGCCAGUACAGGGAUUUAUCUAGCAGCACCUAAGGAGAUGCUUGGUGUAUGGUAACAGUUAUAAUUUGGAUUUCUUUUCAACCUCAAAGACACUUUCUAAAUCAGGUCAUAAAGAUUUUCACGCUCCCUCCACAGACCAAGAAACCAGUGGAGAACUAUGCCCUCAGAGUUCAGAGAUAUUACAGUUUUUCUUAGGACUUAAAAGUUUUACUCCCUCCUUCAGUCCACCAUAGGACACCAGGCUUCCAUACCUGCAAGUAACCCGGCUUACUGUGGUGCAGGGUAGUCCAGGCUUUGCCUUGUCUUAAAAACAGCAGAGAAAGCAGAGCCGAGCUUCAGAGAAACCAGCAGCUGGUCUGUUGAUUUUUAUCAGCAUUUGACCCAGUCCUUAUGACAAUAUGAGGAGUCCCUAAAUUGCAGCUGUAUCAAUGCAUAUUGAAAGAAUGGCAGAUGGCAAGCACAGGUGUGCAUUAUCAAUAUGCCUGCUGUUCUUGUUGCUGAAACUGCACGUUUUGGGUGUAAAUUAAUUGUUACGGAAUACCUAAAGUAAGUAGACACAUUUCAAAGCCUGUUAUUGCUCACUUAAAGUAAGGGAAACAAUAGUUCCUGGUUAUUGCCAAUUUAGAGGUGAUGCUUCAGAAGAGAUGCAGGAAUGCAUUUUGCUUUGGAAAAAUCUGUUCCCUGCAGUUAAAUAGCGCCUUAAAAACCCAUAAAAAGGCACUUUUAGGGUGGAUUUUAAUUUGGUAUUUGAAGUCAGAUUCAUGUAUCUGCAGCUCAGAAUCAGAAUUACUGAUAAAUGCCAACCACUGUCAUCCUUUAAGAUGACAAUACCGUUCUCUCUAAGAAAGACCAUUAUGUGAAGAAGUAUUUGA